ACUACAUCGACAACAGACAUCAAAACGAACAAUUGGGGACUCCCUCCCCUUCUUCACAGUAGCACUGCAUUAAUUCGUGUUUCCACCUAAAAGCUUAGAAAGCUCCCAAGCUUCGGCAUAAUGCACAAUGAAGGAGAACGGCGCAAGUCUUUCGGACGCUGUAAAGUCCAUGCAGUCUUCCGUCCUCAAAAACCAAAAGGAAGGCGUUGCAGAACUUCGUCAAUGGUUUUCCAGAAUCCGGAAGGCACAACAAAUUGAGGAGAUCAAAAAGGAAGAAUGGAACGAUGCAUUCAAUGCCUUGUUCGAGCUCGUAUCUUCCGAUCGUUCACUUUGGCUGAAAGUCAGCAAGGCAACAUCCAAUUCUGCUGCUUUACGCCUAGGACCAAUUGGCGUUGCUUUGCGGGAAAUCAUUGAAGGGGGCGUUCAUUGUCUUAAUACCAAGUUGCUGAUGUCAAUUCUCGAUCACAUCAUCCAGACGCUCCGAGUGGGAGACGACGGGUUUUGCGAACCCCUUGGACUUGAUUAUCUGAAGUGUGUCAGGACGAUAUUCGAAUAUCAGCCUCAUGUCGAGCACCUCCGAGCCAACCAGUGGCUAAAAAUCAUGGACUUCUGCUUGGACAGUUGCCAGCGACUCCGAAGCAUCAUCUCAGGGGCAUCUUUCAGUCUACGAAGCAAUGGCUCCAACUCCUUUUUGGUUUCUCCCGCAUCACUCGAGGUUCGAGGUCAUACUCCAACUCGAGGCCGUACUCCAACUCAAGAGAUAAGCAAUCGGACUUCCCAGAAGUCUGAUCACGAUAAGCUUCUUGAGCUCGUAUACUGCAUGAAACUUCUUUUGAUGCCCGCCAAUGCUCCCACAUUGGAGAGGGCAGAAAAGUUAGCAUUCUGUCUCGUGGAACUCUUGAGAUCCUUUUCUCGUGGGACUCUCGAUAUUGUAACGUGCAUUAACAGCCUUCUGUUACGAGUGGCACCGGAGAGACAUGAUCUUACGAAAAAUCUUUUGAGCGAGCUUCUCGGGGCGUUCAAGCAGCAUUGGAGCAACAAAACUCCCAUGCUGAAGGAGCAAAUAUUAAUAUCUCUAACAAUCGGUCGUUUCCACUUGAAGUCUAUGCUACGCAACCAGAUGGAUCUGCCUGACCUAGAGUCCCUCCUGGCUUCCAUGAUCUCCGACUACCACUACAAAAAACCCGACAACCACUUGCGUCUCCACAAUGUUACGCUGCACCAUCGACAAACAACCCACAAGAAUCUGGAUGCGUUGAGUACCGCCACGUUCUCUCUGCGCACACUGAAUACCAAACAAAAGGGAUCUCGCGAGAAUGCUGUUGGCAUGGCCUGGGCAUUCCCGUACAUGAUUGCAUACUUUAUGACGGCAAUUGACACAAGCGUUCCUUCGAACCGUAGAGACGACAACAACAACGAAUUCGAUGGACCACGGAAAAGGGUGCGUCGUGCACCAUACUUUGAAGAGUUUCUUAGAGUCGCAAGCAAAUCCUCGCCCAAGGAGGAGAGGGUUCUUGCGCUUCAAGUGUUGGCAUUUAUGAUCCACCACGACGCCCUCUCUGAAAUCCGUCUCGCUGUUUUAGUCGAGUCUUUGACUGGAGUAAUUUCUGAUCAGAAUUCAACUGUGUCGGCAUGGGCUAUGGUUGUCCUUGCGGCUGCCAUUAUGCACCCCCAAUCCAAGGGUUAUGGAAUGAAAGAGACCUGGUUAAAAGUGUGGCAAGUCAGUUUCCGAGCACUUCCAUCGCCAUUGACUGGAAGGGCUGCCGCACAUCUUCUAGAUCUCAUGUUGAGAACCCAGAUUGUUUCUUAUGUCGAUAUCUCUGGGUCGAUCGAAGCAUGUCUCAAUGCGACAGAACUCUCGGGGCCGUCUGUGCUCUCGGAUGCAACUUUGUCCUUGUGGCAGAGCAUUCUACGCCUCAAAUCCUCCGAGAACCCCAAUACUGUCGAGCAGACGGCAGUCAGUAUUAUAAGCUGGAUCUUCAACAAGUGGCGAGCUACCACCUCCGACGACGGGCUCGCCUCGCCAUUGUCUCCAAUACGCUUCAUAGCUCAAGACAUCGCCCAGGCGCUCUACGCCUGCUCUAACCUCACCUGGUCUCCCAUCGUACCCGCACCGCUUGCUGUUCUGGACAGCGUGGGACAAGUCCUUACCGAGACGGAACAGGCCGAGGCUGUGUUUUCAUAUCUUCUCCUUCUCCCUCGUUCUCCAAAAUCACUUGACACAGUCCCACCAGCAAAAUCAGCCCAAUCGGGCGGCGCAGAACCCAUCGCUUCUCAACGUUCCUUCAAAAUCGAUGCACAUUUGCUUGAUCUUCUGUCCCAUGAAGCCGAUAGACUUCACGAUGUGUGGAGCAAGGAUUCUACGCAUACAAAUAAAGCCCCCACCGGACUCAGGCUAAUAUUAAUGUUCGGUAUCUUCGGAAGCACCUUAGUUUCGCAUCCUAACCCCCGCCUUGACAAACAGUACAGAUCUGUUUCUGCAAAAUUAUCCUCUCUCUUCGAUAUCAUAGCAGCACAGGUUCAAACCCGGUUCUGUCCACUAGAGUAUGUGGAUAUGGUCGUGCAAACAAUCGGAGAAUGCCUACCAGACGCAGAAACUCUUACAAGCCCCGUAGUUGAUACGAUACGACCUCCGGGUAUAUCACAUCUCUGCACCAGGCUUGCCAAUGCAUUCGAUGUUCGAAGAGAAAAACUUCCCUCCGUAUGGGUUGAAGAAGAUGCCCAGGAUUUUAUGGAUUGGGACACCGAAUUUGACUCUCAGAGAAGUACCGCCAAGCCUGUCAAGUCAUUGCUGGUUCCGGCUCGCGGCGAAACGGCCCAGCUUUUCGGCAUAUCGAGCGUACGUUCGUACGUGUCCUGCUUUGCAAAGCUAUUCUCGUGCGCCGCGGAUGAACCUACAGAAGACAACCGGGUUCCCACUAGCUUCAUUUCCUAUCUCGCAGACAUACCUCCGGACGAAAUCUGCAGUUGCCGCUUGUUCACAAGAUCUCUUUUCCGCAGUUCUAUCGCCGUCAGCGUGAAAGAUGCGGAGAUCCUUCUCCAGGCCGCAGGAUCAUUACUUCAGGACUAUGACAUGGAGAGGAGUGAAGCCGCCAUAUGUUUUGCCCUUGAAGUAUUCGACGGAUUUGUUGAGUAUUGGGCGGACACUCAAAACCCGGAUCUCUACGACUUGGGUGAGAGUAUCCAUGAAUGGAUCGUUUCAAAGGCCUUAAAGGCUAAGAUCGUGUCCGCGAAUGCUCAUUCAAUCAUUGCACGCCUACUAUUCCGCCUCAUGCAGUUUCAACCCGACAUGGGCCAGAAGCAAGGAUUGCCGUCCGUUCGGACGUCAGUUUUCAGUCUCCUGGAUGAGGCUGAGGUUCCAAUCAAAUUCCAGAUUGCCAAUCAAAUCGCAAGCAUGUUCAACUUGUUCACGUUGGCAAACCACGAAGCCAUAUUCGACGACAUACAAGCAAACCUGCCAUCCGACAAGGAUCACAUGGAAGGCAUUGCUAUGCGGCUGCUUGUGCUAUGCCAACUCGGCUCAUCAUGGCACACGCUUCUCCGUCGCUGUGUUUAUCAUAUUUUCGAAACAGCAGCGAUGGUCGACGGCUCCGACGGACAUGCAACGCAGUGCCUUGCAGACAUGUCUCGCAAUUUGAUGCUGGAGAGCCCGAAAGAGCUGUUUCGACUUUUCGCACCGCAAAUUCUAUUCGCAUGGAUGUCGGCUUCGCAUGAGCUAAGCGAGAUACCUCAUUCAUCCUUCGGAUACAACGGCUUAUGUGACUUGUUGCACGACGUUGAAGAUGAGGCCGUCGCACAGGCUUACCUACGAGCUCACCGUCCUUCUUUAGAACUUCUCCAAGCCUGCUGUAAACGCUCAGAAAAGGAGAUGUUGAUCAAGAACUUUGCGCGUUCCGCGGCCUAUACGAUCGCCCACGACACGGCACGAGGACUUAAAGGGCCGAAAAGCAUGGAGAAUCAGUUGAUGCUGGUCCUUGGCAAGUCGGAGUACCUGGGAAUGGUGCGGGAAUCCUUUCCACAAGUCCUUGGGCAUGUUCUAUGCCUUGUCCGGGACGAAAGUGAUAUACGGACGAUCCUUGCGAAGCAGAAGAAUAACGAAAGGGUAUACGGCGCCCUGAGCGAGAUGAUGGAGUUCAGUCACGCAGAGAGCGUCCUGGGGAUGGCGAUGCAACCGGACUUUCCAACUCAGUUCUUAAUGGAAGAAACCGAUCGAAUGUGCCGCCGUGGCUCACGAGACGCGAAAAGGAGUUGGUCCCCACAAACAUUCGUGGUUGUCCUCCGAAUGAUGUUGAACAAGUUACACAAAAGCUUGGGGCCGUUAUAUUUCGCUUCAAUGUUGCGACGCAUCAGACUAGCGAUCUGCUUUGCCGGAGAUUCUGCCUUACAUGGAUAUCCUUUGGAAAUGACCUUACAUGCUCUUCGGCCAUUUCUUGUGAAUGGGCAUUGUGCGGACGACGCAAUCGGGAUUGUGCAAUAUUUGUACGUCCACGGAGCACCUUCGCUUCGUACCAACUUAAGAUUCACGGCUGGAAUCGCCUUGACAACGCUCAUAGAAUUGCGGCAGUUCGCCGUAUCUAAGCAAGAUCAAACGACCCAGGAGAGCCAACACAAUAUCACCCAGACGAAAACGAAGAAAUUCAUCGAUUGGUACACAACAUAUCUUUCCGCACUCAACCACGGCGGCAACCAGAAUUCGGACCAAGGGCACUUUCAAUCCCUUGUUCGCUCGGCUUGUGAUGCAAGUGGCGUUGGCAACGCAAAAAGGGGCUCGGCCGAAAGUCGGCUCCUGCUGGCUGUGUUCGAAGACGAGCGAAGCGGCCUAUAUAUGCUCUCCGAGGCGGCACGAAAUCUGACCCUUCGACUCUUCACGCGCAACUUUGACCCACCGCCCCGUCAAAGCGAUGAUGCUCUAGGAUCGGAAGAGUUAGCAGCCAAUUACGCCGUCCAACUGUGGAAAUCGUCGAAAUUGGAAGGGGUUUCCGUCAAUUACCUCCAAUGGUGCGCGAGAGUCCUCGGUCGAGCCUAUUUUCUCAGGCUCGGUACUAGUCGCCUGCUUCAAACAAACUUUCACAAGCGGGAAACGCUUAAACUUCCCGCAACGACGGCGAUUGUCCAGAAACUGGGCUCUGUUCUGUAUAGUGACAAUCUUAACGAGGCAGGAGUGGCUGAAUGGACCCUACGAUCGAUUUUGAACUGUCUUUGGCUGUCCGCUACCGAACAAGAGUAUUGGCAAGAGGAUUUCGACGAGGAGAUUGUCAAAGCAUUGAUGGAUAGCGCACAUGAGAGCGUUAUGCUACCUCCGAACGCGUCAUUGCAUCCCCGUAUGCAAAGUCCCUCAUUGUUCGCAGACCGUGCCCAUGAUGUGUCGACUUGGUCGUGUGGACUCGCCUUGUCGCUGGUUCAGUCCACGGCCAAAACCAGCGUGCUUUCUGUGAUGCCGACCGCACUCCGUCGUAUCGAAGGUCUGUCCGAAGAACUGUUGCCAUCCCUUGCUUACCUCGUUUUACACCAGCAGCUAGAAUCCAGAAACAUAGCCAAGCAGCUUCUGUCCGAGGCAUUUGCAAUCCAAUUCGGCAUGGACCCUCCCAGCAAGCCAAUUUUGAAGAACCUUCUCCAUAUUCUUCUCUUUCUCCAGCGCCAACGCUAUCCACGCGAAUUGACGCAUAUGGACAGGGUGCGCUGGCUUGAUGUCAACUACCUCGAUGCAUCGAAAGCAGCAUCCCAGUGCGGAAUGUUCACCACAGCACUCAUGCUCGCGGAGCUUACUGUGAAGCCGCAACCCCGCGGGCGACGGUCUUCCAUGGGUGUUCCACCUGCAAUAUCGUCGGAAUUGCUUCUCGAAAUAUACAGGGGCGUAGACGAACCUGAUUCAUUCUAUGGUGUCCAGCAGGAGCCGGGAUUCUCUACCGUGAUUGAGCGGCUAGAUUACGAAGAGGAUGGGCUUAAACAUCUCAUGUUUCGUGGUGCCCGCCUGGACGCUCAUGUUAGGGAUAGGUCCCAUAUCGACCAGUCCGAUGGCGAAGGCGCGAUCAAAGCUCUAACUCAGAUGAAUCUUUUGACGUUCGCCCACGUACUACCGACGGCCGGCGUCUUCCAAAACCAGAAGCUGAAUCUCACGGACAGCGUCCUCAACACUGCUAGACGGCUCGAGGAGUGGAACGUGCGGGCACCUGAGUCUACGACAAAUGAGUCGUCGACACUGUAUAGGGUUCUUCAAGGCCUUCGCAACGCUCCCAAUGGAAGCUUCGUCAAACAGCAAAUUGACACGGCGUUCCUGACGACGCUGAACGCCUUGGAUUCUCUUGACUGGGACAUCUUGGCAAAUGGACAAUUAAGAGCACUGGCAACUUUGACUGAGAUCGACGAUCUGGCCUCCUGUAAGGGAAUAGAACAAUUCUCGGAAGUGCAACAGACCAUGGAGUCCCGAAAUGAGCUCCUGAAGGAUUUUAAGUUUCAAGAUGUGCAGGCCAUAAUGUCACGGCGUGAAACUAUCUUCAGCACCCUUCGAGAGAACGAACGAUUGCAUGACCAUUUCCACAUGUCGGGGCAGGCUCUCCAGAAACUCGAACUCGAUUCAUUGCUUGCUUCCGCGAAGGUCUCCAGGAGCCAUCAUGCUGUACAGGAAUCUCUCUCCACUGUGGCGUAUCUCAAUCAGAUUGCAAGACGAUACAACGCGUUGCAGCUCAAUUACCAAGCGGAUAUCGAGUACGAGACGGCCUUGGUUCUGUGGGACCAGGGAGAGCACCAAAGCUCGAUCCAGAUGCUCCAAAACCUAAACAACGGCACAACUGCUCGGAAGUCACAAGGUGCGGCAUCGAAUCGACCAAUUCUGCUUGCACGAUUGGCAUUCGAACUGGAUGAAGCACGGUUGGAGAAGCCGGACGACAUUAUCAGAGAGUACCUGCAACCAGCGAUUCACGGUUUGAGGCCACAUUCACAGGGAUCGGCCGCAGGUCAAGUCUACAAUCAAUUCGCCACUUUCUGUGACCGCCAGUUGCAGAGUGGAGAUCAUGCCGAACAAAUGGAUCGAAUCCAAAGGAUCAUCGACCGUCAGAAAGCAGAAAUUCAGGCAUAUCGCGAUCUCAUGAAGACCCCAAAGGUUGAGAAAGCAAAAAACGAAUACACCAGCAAAAUGGUAGCUGUCCGAAGAUGGACUGACAUUGAGACUCGUGAACUCAAAAGAAUCAAAGACAGCAGAGAAAAUCUUCUUGUACGGAGUCUUGAGAACUACCUCCUUGGGCUGACAGCAUGCGACGACUUCGACUUAAGUGUCCUCCGUUUCUUUGCACUCUGGCUCGAGUUUUGUGAGAUGGACCUCGCGAAUACUGCCGUUGGGAAACACUUAGACAAAGUCCCCUCGAGGAAAUUUGUGUUCCUCAUGAACCAAAUAGCCUCGAGACUGCAAACGGACCAAUCCAAAUUUCAGACGCUUCUGUCGGAUUUGGUCGUUCGGAUCUGCGUGGAUCAUCCCUUCCAUGCGAUGCAUCACAUCCAUUCUGGGACGAAGUUGGAGAAGAUAGGGAAGAGCGGACAACCUGGAGGGGCUGACGAAAUUCUACUGUCUAAGAUAAACGCAGCGAAACGCAUCGCAGCUCUCCUGAAAGGCAACAAACGGUCAAGUCGGACGUGGUCAAACAUCGAUCUCUCCGAUGCCGCAUAUCACGAGGCGUCCCAUCCCAUCUACGGGGAGCGUGGAGAAAAGCUGCAACCUGGCCGAGAACUGUCUCUGGACCGAUUUUCCGCGACAAAGAGGCUUAUAAAGACAGUCCCUGCCCUUGGUGUUCCUCCACCCAGCUUCAACGUCCUAGUUCGCAGCGAUUGUGACUAUUCCAGCGUUCCCGUUGUCGAGCGCUACAAGACCACGAUGAAAAUAGCCGGGGGGCUUAGUACGCCAAAGAUCAUCACCGCAGUGACAUCGGAUGGGAAUACUUUCAAAGAGCUGGUCAAAGGAGGCUCUGAUGACCUCAGACAAGAUGCGAUCAUGGAGCAAGUUUUUGAACACGUUAGCAGGCUCCUCGGUGACCAUUUCAAUACGCGUCGGCGAAAUCUCAAGAUUCGGACCUACAAAGUCCUCCCUCUCACUCCCCGCUCCGGGGUUAUUGAGUUCGUCAAAGAUACCAUCUCCCUAAACGAUUUCCUUGCGCCAGCGCAUGAACGGUAUUACCCCAAAGACAUAAAGGCUUCCGAAUGCCGGAAGCGGGUCCACGAGGCUACGGGCAGCGAUCCAAAAUCCAGGCUGAAAGCUUAUCAAGACGUAGCGGAUCGAUACCAUCCGGUUCUCCGACAUUUCUUCUUUGAAAAUUAUUCCGACCCGGAUGAGUGGUUCGAAAAGCGACUCGCCUACACCCGGACUACCGCUGCCAUAUCCAUACUUGGGCAUGUUUUAGGCCUAGGCGACCGUCAUCUUCAGAACAUUCUUCUCGACUCAAAGACGGGCGAGGUCGUCCAUAUCGACCUUGGAGUGGCAUUCGAGGCGGGACGUGUCCUGCCCAUUCCUGAAGUGGUUCCAUUCCGACUGACUCGGGACAUCGUAGAUGCGAUGGGCUAUACAAAGACCGAGGGCGUGUUCAGGCGUUGUUGCGAGUUUACGCUUGAUGCGCUUCGGGAGGAGAAAGGAAGUAUCAUGACACUUCUCAACGUGCUUCGCUAUGAUCCCCUGUACAGCUGGACGAUAUCGCCUUUGAAAGCCAAACGAGUGCAGGAUGAGGAAGAAGUCGAGGACCAAGUCGGCCCGCUGGGAGGGGUGACUGAGUCAUCGUCCAACAAACCGGACGAGGCCGGAGAGGCAAGUAGAGCUUUAUCUGCCGUCGAAAAGAAGCUCACCAAAGACUUGAGCGUUGCGGCGACUGUAAAUGAGCUAAUCCAGCAAGCGACGGAUGCACAGAACCUUGCCGUCUUAUUUGCCGGCUGGGCUCCAUAUGCAUAGUGGGAUUUAACUUUACGUUUCGUUCUUCGGCGAUCUUGGAGGCAGUAAUCAGUUAGAUACCCAUCAGCAUUGAAUCCUUCGGCUGUUUUCAGAAAUAUCGACUCAGUUGCAUGGACAUAGUAUGGCAAGUUGCCAUUUUCGCGAGAUACAUUGGGCGAAACGAGCCGCGGCAUCUAUUUCCCGACCCUCUCCAUUCAUUUAUUUUUGCUCAAUUCAUAGCGUAGCGGCUUCGGACUUCCUCACGGCAGCCUCAAUAUGUGACAGCGACACCCUACUUCUCGUCUCUCAAGAUGCCCCUCGCCCGUAGAUCGGCGACACGCUUCGCUUCCUUUCGCUUCCUUUGCCUUUCUCCAAGGCGCCAGAAGACGAUAUAUACAACCAGGCUAGUGAUUAGCAGACCUGGCACACCGAAAUUAGAUUAAGUCGGAU